UUGCCUCGCCUAUCACCUAAAAUAGUCGUACUUGAAGGGAUUGUUUUCUAGAAAUUGGUGAGCAGAACCACAGAUGUUGGCAGAAUACACCGAAGCGCCGAAGUUUCGCCUUGGUUUCGCCACAGAACGCGUGCCGAACGCAUGUGGGCUGUCGCGCACUAUCCAUUCCUUGGCGCAGACACAAACUUCUUGGAGAUUUAUUUUAGAUUGCCUUAACAGGCUCUUCUGGACGUGGUAACUGACAACUGAUGACUGUGAUCUCGUGAAGCAAUGGCGCACUCCACCAAUGUGCCCAGCACAUCAUCAGUCUCUGUGCCUCAAGGCAGUGAAGACGACCUGGUCUUCGAUCUUCCAGCCGACCUGCUUGACUUGUCCUUUGACUUGCCUGCGGAUGAAGCCAAUCCGUCGGACUCCACAGCUCGUGAUGAACCUGGACCAUCCGGUGUUCAGCCGCCGGCGCCCAAGCAGCCGAAGCAACGCAAAAAGAAAGGCAAGCACCGACCUGUCAUGCCAGUGCUGCGUUCGAGCCGUGGCCGGGACCUGAAGUUCACCGUCCGGUUCAAGAGUGAAGGGUUCAAGGAUGAUGACACGCCGUGGACAGUCACGGAACGGAAGUGCCUGCUGGCUGCGCUGAAGGAGCACGGAAGCAGUGACGUCAACAAACUUGCUAAGGCGGUCCGCACGCGAAGUGUUGCUGCAGUCAACCACUUCUUGUUGGAGCGUCGCCGCUUGAAGGAUCGCGUGGUAAUCCAGGGCCCGGCCGGCAACCGUGCAGCGUACUCGGGCCGUGUCCUGCGGAGGGCACUGAACGUGAUACGGCGUCGUUACGACCGCACAAAAUUGCUCCCACAGAUAGUGGCAGCAUGUGAGCGGCAGCCGUUUCCGGAGCCCAUGGAGGAUUCCACUUGGGAGCUGCCGCAGUUCGAGGACCUCUACCAGGUGAUGCGCGAGUCGAUGGAGAACCACGUUCCGGCCACCCUGGGAGAAUGCGAACUCUGGCUGCUGGGUCGUCUGCUGUCGACCCUUGGCACCAUGAUUGGGACGCUCGACCUGGAUGCUGAGAAAGAAGCCCUGCAGAAGGCUCUCCUCUGGGCUGCGGCGCAGCCCGCCGAUGGCUACUCAAAGUCCACUGGCCAGAAUUCAGCGCAGGCCGAGUCAGCGCUGUCUGAGGAAAGUGCCCGGACCCAUCUCAACUUCCCCAGCAUGAAGGAGCGUAAGGACGGCCUGCGCUCCUCGUGGAACCCGCUCCAGAUGUCCCCGGCUGUAAUCCAGGGCCCAUGGCCCAUGAUCCAGGAGUACCUGGCCAGGAACGCCUUCCGGCGCAGGGGCACCGAGACUGACGACUUGGGAGCGCCUCCAUCCACUUCCACAGCCUCCUCGGGUCGUAGAAAGGGGGAGCCCCGACCUUUGGAAGCAUUUCGUCCCUGGAAGAACUGAUCUUGCAAGUGACCUAGCUGUCUUCGAGGCAUGCGUUUCAGCAUGACAUGUGGCCGUUGCAGCAUGUGCUGUGCUCCCAGACAUGAUUAUCACGAGAAGUGCUAACAAGUGCAGAGAACAAAUAUUAUGAGAGCUUUGUGAUGGUCCGUCCUUGUGCGAUUAACUGUCCUGGCCAGCCUUUGUGAAUGUGAGCAAAUCCAGUUUGCAUGUUCCUUGGUGUGUUUGCAUGCAGCCUUGCGCUUUUAUUUAAAGAUACCCAUAAAUGCCCUCGGAGAGGGUGUUACUUCCAGGAGGGGGAGACUUACCUUCGCAUGGUGUGAUAAACAGUAUAGUAAAGAAGUAGCAAGCGUGUUAUAGUUAAAUCAUAAGUCAAGUAAGGAAGCGUGCAGAUCAUCAAAAUAUAAAGUGUAGAAGAAGUUACACUUUAUCUACGGUUGCACAGUUAUAUACAGCACAUGGCUGAAAGGGGACUUCCUUUGCAUAAUUCUAUAAGACAAAAUGAUACAAACAGCACAUGUUCAACUGAAAUGCAAAACUCAACUGACAGAAAGGAGAAAGUUUGGUAGUUAAUACAACGCAUGUAGAAUGUCAUUGAUCACAAAAAGGCAUUUGUGAGAAAAUGCAUGUUGUCGGUAUCACUGUAUUUAAGCAUAACAAAUUGCAGAAAUGUGGCUCAUCAAGAAUGUAGAUGAAUAUAAAUCGUUGUAGGAAAGAGCAUGGAAAAAAAGUUAAAGAUGACAACCAGCUUCUGUGCUCAGCAUGCAGGAGGUCCUGGUACCUUUUGGAAAGAUGUGUGAUGGCAGAUUAUUCGAAUCCGCUUUAAUGCAUAAUAUGAAUUAACUACACACAAGUGAUUGCGACGAAGGAAGAUGGCCACGGGGAAAUCAAAGAAGCAAUCAGAAAAAGCAGUGAUUGUAAAGUUUAUGAAAGACGUGAAACUUUGCGUCGCUUCAUAAGUGAGAAUAAGCUUCAUAAGUGACUUCUUAGUGUCAUGAUGCUUGAAUGAUGCAAGUAAUUGGAAAAAUAAUGUUCAUGGCACGUUUUUGCACAAAUUCAAUGUUAUAAGUUGGGUAGGCUUCAUUUCAUCUAGGAUCCCGACUGACGGAAGCUUGUUCUAUUUUUGGACGAACAAGUGUAAGGUACGAGUGGUCAUGUAUUUAGGGAGGCGCAUGAUUCAAUGCAUGUUUGACAAGGCGGAACGAGCGGAUAGCUGGAUGGCUGUUAGAGGAUGGGUGCUUGGUUUUAGCUUUUGCCAAAAACGUCAUGGGUUUGUUGAGAUAAUGGAAGAAAAGUCAUUUGUAAAACAAAAGUUAUGUCUCGUGUUUAGCAAAGAAGGUGUUCUCAUGGUUUUUCUAGGUGUUCCUACAGACUUUUUUUUUCUUACUGAAUAGGCUUCAAAGCUGCUUGCUGAACCAGGGCGUGGAAUUGGAACAUUUUAUUUUGCUGAGAGGAAUGUAUGUUGAUUCUAUCAAGCUAAUAAGCAUAUUCUUGAGCCACAUCCAGUUACCUUCAACAGUCCUCUCUGAAUAGAUGCCAAGGAAUUGGUUAGAAAAUGCAGAUUGCAUUUUGAGCUCAUUCUAGUAAAGUUAGCUUCCUUGUAACAUCUUAUGUACUUGUUGGUAAUAUCGGUGUCUAUUAGAUAAAACAGCAGAGCCACCGUUAGUAAUGUCGUCAUGAGACAAACUAUCAGCAGGUGGCAAAGUUAAAGCAAAACUCAGGGUCAUCUGUUAGUAUUAGGCUGAGAAUGUUUGCAGAUGAAGCUGUCAUUUGUGUAGGACAAGUGAUUAGCUGGCUUAAGGAAAAGUUAAGACAAGUUCGAAGAAAACAUUGCUCCUGUGGUAGGGUUGGUACAACAGACAACAUUGACCAAUUAAUACCGGGAAAGUUGAAGUCCCUGAAAGUAAGCACAGUUAGAAAAGUGACUGGUUACUAUAUUGAGAAUCCUUUGAAAUUCGUCUGAAAUUGUCCCGCUCAUUUUAGAGGGUUCAUAAAACGCACCUAUAAGUAAGAACCUGAAAUUAUGUUUAGUCGUGACCCAUAAGGAUUCUAAAGAUGUAUCAGCUGGAACAUACGUGGCUCUAAACUGCUCUUUAACAGUCCGCAAAACACCGCCACAUUUUUAUUUGCUUUGAGUCACAUUGAGAGAGUUUUUGAACGCAGACCAGGUACUCAAAAUCAGCAGAUCGGACACUGAGUCAUCAAUCCAGGUUUCACUGAGCGCAAGUGGCGAUGCUAAGCACGAAUUGAUGGUGGAUGAUAAAUCCAGAGAUUUAUAGAGCAUACUUGUAAUAUUCGUGAAGAGGAAAGCGAUGCUGCCAUCACAUCAGUAAACAUGUUGAGUUAACGCAGUAGGAGCACAAUGGGAAGAUGGCUUCGUAUUGCGUGCGCAUCAGUCUGCAGUGCUCUAGAGAACUUGUGUUGUGCAAUUUCCUCCAGUGUGCUCAUGUAGAUGUCACUAUUGAUACACAGCUUGUUAAGACCGGCUCUACUUUAUCACUUUAUUUUCAUGUAGUUCUAGAGAACUGUGGAAGCUUGCAUCCUUUAUCUCAAACUUCGUUGGUACCACAAGCAAUGCUGAACAAAGCGUUGUUCAGCUUGUAGCAGUGGCUUAGCACCAACUCGUCUGUGAUCUAAGUAUUUUGGCAUCAUCCUGGUUGAGAAAGAAAAAAACCGACCCAAGCAGUAUGCCCUGGCAAUGGAAGAAGCUUUUUAGCCAAAUUUACAUUUGCAGAAAUCCAGUACAAGUUGCUUGCGUGCCUCCCAUGUGUCAUUUUAUCAACAUUGGUAAUACUGUAAAACGACAAGUUGCACCCUACAUUGAGCGGUUUUCUAAACUGUCGAUUGUACCUUGAAUUCCGUAGAGAUUUUGAUGCGGUUUGUGGCAACGCAUGACCCGCUCCCUCCCCCUCCCCUUGACACCUUUGUUACCACUUGGAACAGUGUUGUCUUAAUGGAGUUAAGUGUUUCAUUGUAGUUAGUUGAAGGAGAAUGACAAGCAGUGGGGUCCACUUUGGAUUCUAGUGCACUGUAACUUCUUCUAGUUUGUUCUUCAAGGUGAAAUGAAGGUGUAAUGUCUUACUGACAGUUUCAAGAAUGCUUGUGCUGUUGGCCUCAAGCAUUUGAAUGGCAUUAUGUGCAAGUUAAGAAUGUUAUCUUUGAGGCUCUGUCACUGGCCCAGGGCUUAGCUCGAUGUCACCCCAAAGGAGUAAAAAACACCACAGGUGCAUAACAGACACACAAAAAUGUUUUAAAGAAGUGGGUGGCCACGGCACUGCUAUAAGGCACACAUCAUUGUCACCAUAGCUGCAGACAUCAUGCAAUGAACCUGCAGAAGCAUGAAAUACUAAAUGUGUCAUCCCGUGCAAAGCAAUCCUCUGGCUCCUUAUUAUAUGUGAAGAUAGCACAUGUGAAGGCUGAGUAGGACAGCAGCACUAAAGUUGAACUUGUUUACCAAAGCUUGCAAUGCUCUCGGCAGACACCAAAUGUCAUUUGCAGCUUGUGAAUGCAUAGGUGGCCUGUUGUCGACAUGCAUUGUGUUGUGGUUUUGCUAUAUACUAGUAUUUUGGACGCAAAGGGUAGUGUCUCACCGAGGCAUACUAUAGUAGCAAGGCACCACUUGACUGACGUGAUGUCUGGUGAUUACACGUGGCAAUAACAUACCGUGCUAUGCUGAAACAUCAUUGUCCCCACCCAUUCGUUUUUUGACCUUUUCUUUUUGCCACCGAAUACAGAGGCUAUGUAUAGGGCUAGGCAUCCUGUGUAGGCUCUGUGUGUGUUUGUUCCUCCCUCAUGUCAGCUCACCAAGUGCAGCGAGUUUGCGGUGGAAUGAGUGUGUCGCAACUUGUUUGUUGUAAUCUUGCUUGGAGAUCAUGCAAAGAACAAGCAAAUAUUGAAGGCAUGAUUAUUUCUGUUGUUUAUUUAUUUGUUGUUGAGGCAGUAGUACUGCUGUGCCUGAAGCAUUUACCAUUACGCUGUCCUGAACACUCACUUUUUUAAGACAGAAUAAAUCUUUUGUUUGUUU